AACAAAAGCUCUUCAAGCCAGAUCGGGACGCUAAAAGCCCAAACGAUGGCAUCGAAAAUCCUCACGCCCCUCGAAACAGCCACAAACCGCUUCGCAGUCCUCGCAACCUACCGCCAUCUCCUCCGCGCAACACGAAUCGCCUUUAAUGGCGACACCGAAACCCUCUCGGCCUCGCGCACAUUCGCACGCUCCGAGUUCCGGCAGAAAAAAUCCCUAAAACCCGACUCAGCCGAAGCAGCACAAGGAGUCGAACAUGCUCAAGGAGUGACACAAAUUCUGAGAGAAAAUCUGGUGCAAGGGAGACAUAUGGGGAAUGAGAAGUAUAAGCUUAAUAUCCAUGAGCUUACGCAGAGAUUGGAUAAUGAGACUGCGACUACGUUGAAGGGUACGAGGAAGAGUUGGAAAGAUGUUAAACGCGAUUCUUUGCUUGGGGAGGGGGAGGUUAGGUUGUGUGGGGAGAGAUAGAGGAUGGGAGUAUGGUCUGUGAUUUGAGUGGAAGUGAAGGGAAUAGAGGACGCUUCAUGGCUUGAUGAGAGGUGAAGGGAAUCAUGCUGCGAGGCUGAAGGCGGGAAUGGACGUGAGAAAUGCUUCGCCGAGGCCUUCAACGAGUUGCGGAGGCACGGGAGAGCUUUCGAUGGAAUAAGUUCCUGUACGGAUGGUGAAUGCGAUGUGCUACCUUGAAAGCCAUCACUGAGAGUUCCGGGGUCAAAUGGCGUACAAGGUCGAUCGAACGGAGCUCAAACCUGCCGUCGAUCAUAUCCAGGCUUGUUCGAACAGGAAAAGUCUAGGCAUUGAAUGAAGGAAAUGUCGCUCGAACUGCAUAGGACAAUCAUCACUGGGCUGGAGGCUCCGUCGGAGCUAGGUCUGAUUGUACAUUACGUGGAAACGACAAAGGUAUUCUACAAAACCACUUUAGGUCAAACG